AUGAAACAGAAGAUGGUGGCUCAGUCUAGCUGUGAGGCAGAGUAUAUUGCGGCCGCCAAUGCUACUUGUCAGGGUGUGUGGCUCACUCGGGUGUUAACAGAGGUGCAUGGUUCAGCACCAAGCGUGCCGAUGUUGAAGGUGGACAACAAGUCUGCCAUAGUGUUGAUCAAAGAACCCAGUUCUCCAUGGACAUAGUAAACACAUUGAAGUGAAGUAUCAUCUUGUCCGAGAAUUCAUAAAAAAGGGUCAGAUCAACGUGGAGUUCAUCAGGAGUGAAGAACAAUUAGGAGACGUUCUGACGAAGUCACUCAAAAAAGUCAAGUUCCAUGAGUUUCGCGCUAAGAUUGGGCUCGUUGAUGUUCGUGGUAAGUAUAGCAAGGCUCAGGAGGAGAUUGUUGUGAACGGGGAACCUUGCACGUCUUGCACGUCUUUUUACGUAAUGGCAUAGGCCUUGCACGUCUCGAGGCACACCUACCUAGAGCUGUAAGAGGGCUGUAAGAGGUUGCUUAUUGUUUACAGUUAUUCCUUUUUCCCUUUUUUUGCUCCCUUAUUUAAAGAGGGCUAUAAGAGGUUUUCUAUGAGCGAGAUAGUCUUCCUUGUUCCUCCUGCUGGGUUUUUCCUGUGACUCCGUGGUGAUCUCGUCGGCGACGUCUUAACUGCCGUCGUCUCUCCGGCGAGUUUCUAACAUAUACGCCCUUCUCAUCAUAAAUAUGAGUACCUUCGGUAUUCCAUUCUCGCAAUAGAACCUCAGAGAGUUCUGCAGGUGACAUGGAGGCUGCUCGACGUUGACAGGGCAACGAUCGGGGCCAGUCUCAGGCAAGUAAACAGAGAACCGGAGUAUCCACUCAUGAAAAAAUAAUAUUAAAGCACGCAUAUCUCUCCUUCUAUUGUAGGAGAGAGUGGCACCAACGGGCAGAGGAUCACUUGACGAGGAGAGAUUGCCCAUAUCAUUCCUUCUACUGAGGCCUUGGAAGCACACAUCAGAGCCGUAAAGGAAUGACAAGAUGCCACGAAACCAGCAGCGACAGAGGCUGUGGGCCCCUCAACAUCAAACAUGGGCCAAUGUCAUUGAUGUGGCAGAACUUUGGGCUUUCUUGAAAACUCUGGUUGCAGAUGUGUGCCCAUGAAGCGUGACCUUCCAAGGAUAUAGGAGAGUGGCACGGUAUCUUGGGCCAAGGUUCCUUGGCCCAAAGUUUUUGUAGGUGCUAGAAGUGUGAAGGAGUUAGAGAACUUCUUUUGGGACCUAGACUAUUAUUUCCGGGUGAUACACUCACCAAAAGUGAAGAAUGUUAUGUUGCCAACCAUGUACCUAGCCAAUGAUGCAAAGUUGUGGUGGCGCACACGGACAGAGGAUAGACCUGCCAUUGAAACAUGGGAAGAAUUCAUUCGGGAGUUGUAG